AGCACCUCUAAAACCUGCAGGGCAGAUGGAGUCUGCAUUUGGCUCCUCUCCAGGUGCUGGGCAGGCUCUGGUGGGAGGUGCUCCUGCUCUCACCCUCCUCUCCCAGCUGAGGACUCACAAAGGCACAGAACUCAUUGAAGUUCAGCAUCCCAGAAUAUGGGGCUUGAGGGUUUUACUGAGGCAUUCUAAACCAUCAACUUAGACAAGAUGUGUGGGGCACCAGGACAAAGGAAGAGUUACAGGGGUCAUUCUGGAGGAGGGAGCAGCCACAAACUGCUGGGAAUUAUCUGUGUGCCAUCAUCUCCUCAUUGCUAGCAGAGACUGGGAGGCCGAGGGGGCUGGAUGGGUGUCAUUUGCAAUCAUUGCUUUCCAGAGCUCUCUAGAAUAUAAUGAGUCAUUUAGCAAAAAAACUCAACAUGUUUUGCUAAGUUUGAACUCGGAGCCUGGGUCAGGUGUCGCCUGGGAAAUCAAGGGAAUUAAAUUGCCCCUGAGCUGCCACCCCCUCAGCAUCCAUCAACUCCAAAAUAGCCUCAUCUUAACUCCAUCUUCACUCCCCAGCAGCUUCUGGGUCAGAAAUUAGACCCAGCAGAGCCUUCAGAAAUCGUUCAUGGCGCAGUCUGACUGUUUGUCCCUUGCUCGCCCUCUGUGCUCGUGCAGCAUCCCGAGGAGCCUCUGGCAGAGCUGGUGUCACACCCACGCCAUGGCCUGGGCAGUGGACACAGGCAGCUGCAGACAAUGUCCCCAGUCCCUCCUUGAUUUCCAGCUGAUGGCCACCGUGGGGCUUGUUUUGCUGUCUGAUUCCAUCAGCAGGAGCAGCAGCCCCUCCUGAGCCUGUCCUCGGGAUUUGUGGUGUUCCCUUGGCCUCCCCUCCCCCAGGAGCCCAGCAGGACUCUGACCCUUGUCACAAAGUCACAGGGCUCAGGGUUGGGACCAGAAUGAGCUGCCUUGCCAGGAAAACCCCAAGGAAGGCUCCGGGGGCUCUGCUGCUCCGUGCAGGACUGGGGCACUCACAGAGGCAGCAAGAGCUGUGUCUGGACAUGGAUUAUAUGAGCCAGGGGAGGGGCCCAGGCUGGGAGCUGCUGUUCCAGGGAUUUGGCACUGGGCUGUUGAAUUCCAGCCUCAUCCCACUAAUGACAACCUGCCUGGGGAAAGAGGCCUCCCCUCUCUGUGCCCCAUUUCCCCAGGGGGACGCUCAGGCUGCUGGGGGGUCACAGGGUGCUGGAACUGGCUGGGUGGUGGGAGCAAGCUGGGCAUCAGCAUGACCCUGAAAGGCAGGGGACAGCCCUGGGGCCAUGCCAGGGGCAUGCAGGUGACCAGGGAUGGUGACAGCUGCAGUGGGACCAGCUCUGUCCUGAUGCCCAGUGAUGAUGUGGGACCCCAUCUGGGUGGCUGCUCCCUCCACCCCCCUGCCCCAGGAUGGAGCCUCCAGCCCCUCUCCCAAGGACACCGAAUGCAGACAUGCCCUGAGGUCACUGCGGGUGCCUGGGAGAGCAGGACAGACCCCAGCACAUCUCCCCAAAACACAUCCCAGCCCCUGGAGAAGGAAAAGGGUUAAACUGGCGUCUAUGUGAAAGACAUCCCAUCGCAGGAGCAUCAGCUCGAGGUGCUGCUCACGUGCUUGCACCCUCUGCCUCCCUGCCUCCAGCCACCUCACUGGGAUUUUCCCCACCUUCCUCCGGCUACCUGGGACCAGUCUGGGGCUAGAAGGGACUUAGGAGCAUGGGGGCAGUGGGGGAAUGCUGUGACAGCUGAAAAAUGAGCCACCGAGCAGUGAGAGAAGUUUCUGAAAAGAGAAGAGGAAUCUGCCUUGAAUGAAGAGGAUUUUAGCACCUUGGGCUAAGCCAAUAAACCUCUGCCAUCCCCAUCCGAACAGGAAUUGUUUGCACACGCUCCCGGAGCUGCUUAAAGCAGGCAAGACACAAAGAGAGAAUAGGAUCAAGCAUGGUGGGGGGAGAAAGCCCCCUGCCUGGAGAGCCUGUGAGCAGAUCCCUAUAGGGAUCCCACAGGCACAGGGAGCUCGCCCAGCCCUGAUCUCCUGGGGACGGGCUGUGCCCCCACUGCCACCUCACCUCAGGGGGGCUGGCAGCCAGGAAGGUGCUCCCAGAAGAUGCUCUGUCCUGCUGAACACGCCAGCCCUCUCCACCACUGGCAGCGAUUCUGGUCCCUGCAGUCCCCAUCUGAGUGACACGGUGGCACCAUGGAGGCAUCUGGCUCUGUUGUGACUCUCCUCUGCUGCUGCCUGCUGAGCUCGGCGUGGGCUCUGGUUGAUCCCGAUGAUGUUCUCACCAAAGAAGAGCAGAUCUAUCUCCUGGUGGAGGCCAAGGAAAAGUGUCACAGGGACAUAAAGGCCCAGCUGGAGAAGAUCAAAGACCCCAGCUGCCCUCCAGAGUGGGAUGGGAUCAUCUGCUGGCCAAGGGGCUCCCCCAGCCAGGAGGUGUCAGUGCCUUGCCCCGACUACAUCUACGACUUCAACCACAAAGGUCACGCCUACAGGUACUGCAGUGCCUAUGGGACCUGGGCCAUGGCUCUCAGCAUCAACAAGACCUGGGCCAACUACACAGAAUGUGCCCUGCUCUUCUCCUCCGAGAGCCGGAGCCACCAGAAGGAGGUGUUUGACCGCCUGCACCUCAUGUACACCGUGGGCUACUCCAUCUCCCUGGCCUCCCUCAUCGUUGCUGUCUGCAUCCUCUCCUACUUCAAACGCCUGCACUGCACACGGAAUUACAUCCACGUGCACCUCUUCACCUCCUUCAUCUGCCGGGCCCUCAGCAUCUUCCUGAAGGACAUGGUGCUCUACUCGGGCACGGCGCCCAGCGACGCCGACAGGACGCGCGAGGACCUUGGGGGUCCCCUGCCAGGGCAACGGGGACACCUGGCUGGCUGCAAGGUGGUGGUGACUCUCUUCCUCUAUUUUCUGGCCACCAACCACUACUGGAUCCUGGUGGAAGGUCUCUACCUGCACAGCCUGAUCUUCAUGGCCUUCCUCUCCAACAAGAACUACCUGUGGGUGCUCAUCAUCAUCGGCUGGGGUCUCCCUGCUGUGUUUGUGUCCAUCUGGGCCAGCGUCAGGGCCUCGCUGGCAGACACACAGUGCUGGGACCUCAGUGCUGGGAACAUGAAGUGGAUUUAUCAGGUCCCCAUCCUGGCUGCAGUUGUGGUGAACUUCUUCCUCUUCCUCAACAUCGUCCGGGUGUUGGCCUCCAAGCUCUGGGAGACCACCACGGGCAAGCUGGACCCCCGGCAGCAGUACAGGCAACUGCUCAAGUCCACGCUGGUGCUGAUGCCACUUUUUGGAGUCCACUACGUGGUGUUCAUGGCCAUGCCCUACACCGAGGUCUCCGGGCUCCUGUGGCAGAUCCAGAUGCACUAUGAGAUGCUCUUCAACUCCUCCCAGGGUUUCUUUGUGGCUUUUAUCUACUGCUUUUGCAAUGGGGAGGUGCAGGCUGAAAUCAAGAAGGCUCAUUUGCGGCGGCUCCUGGCGCUGCACCUGGGGCAGCAGGCACGCCCCGGGAGCUGCUGCUGUACCGGGAGGGGCUGCCAGGCCCCCCAAAGCUGCAGCACCAGCCUGGCAGGGCGGGGAGCAGGGGGCACCCGGGGGCUGCUGCUGCCGGCCCGGCCCCGCCUGCCCUGCCCCGCGGAGGAGCUGAGCCACAGAGCCCGGGGCGAGCACACGGUGGACUCGACAGAGCUGACCCAGUGCCAGCCCAAGCCCAACAAGGAGAUGGAGACGAUGCUGUGAAGCAGAAGGUGGAUUUCCUACCUGCAGAU